AUGGCCUUGCUAAAAUGUGCAGGGGUUCCCAUGGAUCGGAGAAUUAACGCAAACCCAGAACUCAUCUCUCUAGAGGCUGUCUACCAGCCUCUCUGGAGGUGUCCCCACUGGUCCCGGCGGCUCUGGGCGGUGGGGAGGAGGGCCCGGCCUUUCCCAGAGCUGCUGGCGUCAGUGCAACUAGCCGGCCGGCCCGCUGCCUGGGCCUGGACUCCUGUUCCAACAGGACCCGGACUUCAGGCAACCGCAGGGCGGGGAGUGUGCACGGUGAGGGACAUCCCGGCUCCUUCUUCGGCGCCAGCAAGUCAAGCCGGGGCCAGAACGCCAGCCGCCGGCCCCGCACCUGGCCGCCUCCCGGCGCCCGGCCACGUCCGUGUGCAGGACCGCCUCCCCACAACAGUCAGGGCCGAGCAGCUUACCGAGGAGCAGGUGGCCGAGUUCAAGGAGGCCUUCUCCCUGUUCGAUGAGGACGGGGAUGGCGCCAUCAGCACGCGGGAGCUGGGCACCGUCCUGCGGUCGCUGGGCCAGAACCCCACUGAGGCCGAGCUCCGGGACCUGGUGGGCGAGCUGGACCGCGACGGCAGCAGCACCGUGGGCUUCCCCGAGUUCCUGGGCCUAAUGGCCCGGAAAGUGAAGGGCAGGGACGCCGAGGACCAGAUCCAGGAGGCCUUCUGCGUCUUCGGCAAGGACGGCCACGGCCUGAUGGGCGCGGCCGAGCUGCGGCACGUGAUAACCCGGCUGGGCGAGAAGCCGAGCGACCAGGAGGUGGACAGGGACGAGCUGGUGCACCACGAGGAGUUCAUGCGCUUGCUGGUCUCCAAGGGAGGCCGCAGCCCCCUACCCCACCCCCCUACCCCACCCCCACCCAGGGUGUCCGGGCUCCGCGCGUGGCGCUGGAGGACCUGCCUCCGUUCCCCCUGCCCCUCCGGGCACUGCUCCUUCUCUGCUGGUUGACCUGAUCCAGCUGUCUGCCCCCCUUUCCUCUUCUCAUUCCUGCCUACCUCCCCCACCUUCUCCUUGCCGAGGAUGACACAGGCUGCUCCCAAGCCCAGCAAACCCCAGAUGUUACAUCCCUCGGGAGCAGAAGCUCAGGGACGUCCCUGUGCACCGACCAGAGCAGGAGGACGGUCACAGCCUCACUGGCCGCUCAUGCCCCAGGGAGGGUGCAGUGUGACCUCCGGGGGCCCUCCACGUGGGAUCCCUAAAGCGCACCGGGCACCUCCAUCCGCUGUGGAUUCGGGCGGAGGGAGGGACCAGGGCCCUGGGGCGAGGGGCGCUCUUGGAGGCUGACAACCAGGGUCUGGCCUCCUGAGAAACACCACCUCCCUUCCCCUCCCCCCAUUCCCCUGCACUCCCUUGUUCCCUUCUGUCUCUGUGCCAAACCGCGGUGAUUUGUCUCUUAAAGCUGGGAGUCAGUUGUAACACGUUUGUAUUCGCCUUCUUGGAGGGAAAUUUGAAAGGGAGAGAGAGGCCACAGGGGAAUAAAGAAAGCGUCUGUUUUUCUCUGGUUCCAACGGAAAUGAUCCUUGUUAAGUCCAGGGUUUAAAAGAGGCAGGAAUCUCUCUUUUUGCGCUUUUUGGAAGUGCGGUGAAAUCUUGUAUUGAUGGGCGUAGCGAACAGAGAGGAGUCUAGGCAAGGUAAAUCUUGAGUAUUUAUGUCAAAUAAAAUGGAGAAGUUGGCAGCAAAGGGUGGUUAAAAAUCCAUGUAGAGCUCCUAAGAUCUGAGUCGAUUAUGGUGGGGAAGGAACACUGGUCUGUGUUCAUGGAUUUCUUACAUUCAUGAUCGAGUUGUUGGGAAGUGCGGUUUGAAGAAAGUGAGGGCUGGAGAGGGCCUGUGUGGUGCAAAAGCAAGAGACAGUGCUUCCCGCAUUAAACCCUGGCUCCCAGAGGUGGCAUCAGAUAACCCAAAGGCCGAAGGGGCUUGUCAGAGAUUUUCAGUGUUCUCGUGGGGUGGACACUACAGCUGGGGUCAUCAGAGAGGGCUGCCAGCCCUGGGACAGUCACAGAGCAGCUGGCCCAUCUUGACAAGUCCUCUUUCCUGACACC